CAACUUUCCGAAGAUCUGUUGGGAAUCGCCAGAGUUAACAGCCGGCGAAGACGAAGUCCAGUUCACAGAAAUUCUGAACGAUCACUACCUAACACAAGUAAAUCGAGUUCCAACAAGAGGCGACCACAUCCUCGAUCUCGUCAUCAGCAGUGUUGCUGAAAACGUUCAAAAUAUGUCUGUAAUCAGUCCUAGCCAAAGCGGUUUAAUAACCGACCACUCAGCAAUCACGUUCGACAUUGCGACAACGUUCAAAGCACGUCCGAAAAUUAAACGAUCUGUCUUUGAUUAUAACCGAGGGAACUUCGACGGACUUCGUGCAACUCUAGAGUCGGUUGACCUUUGCGGUGCAGUCGAGUCAGCAGUGGACAUUAACCACGGUUGGUUGAAAUGGAAAGAACUAUUUCUCAGUGUUGUACGCGACAGUAUUCCGAUAAAAACCAUCAGCAACGUCAAUAAUCCGCCUUGGAUCAACGGUGAGAUAAUCCACGCUAUCAGGAAAAAGGAGACCGUGCGUCGGAAACUGAAAACAUCGCCAACGGACGUACUGAGAAACAAGUUCAAGGCUUUGCGAUCCAAGGUGAAACGAUUGAUCACUGAAAGUCGUUGUCAGUUCUUCCAGAACAUCAGCGAAGCUCUCUUCAAUAAUCCCAAAAGAUUCUGGUCUGUCUUUAAAAUCAACAGUAAACGUGCCAGUGUUCCAGGAUCAAUGACAAUGGGAUCAAAUGGAUUAGAUCCUGACUCGGCCCGCUCAGCUUCAUGUCCUCGCGACAUAGCAGAACUGUUCAACGACUACUUCUCCUCCAUUGUGUCUGGAAGCGACAAAACAACUCAAACGGACAAUCCAUCCUCGCCAACUGAUAGCAACUUGUCAGAGUUAAUUCUUUCUCCUGAUGAUGUUCUAGCUGCACUCCUCAGCCUCGAUACCAACAAAGCCACAGGUCCGGAUGAAAUACCACCAAGAAUACUAAAGGAAUGUGCUCACCAAAUUGCUCCGUCAUUAUGUCUACUGUUUAAUCAAUCACUCCGACAUGGCUCCUUACCAGAGGAAUGGAAGCUCGCGAACAUCAUCCCUAUCCAUAAAAAAGGUGACAUCUCCAACGUUGAAAACUACCGUCCAAUUUCGCUUCUGUGUGUAACAUCCAAAGUCCUCGAGCGCUGUGUGCUGAGAAACCUGAGAGAUUAUCUGAUGUCCCUAAUUAACUCCGCUCAACAUGGUUUCAUUCCUGGAAGGUCAUGCACAACCCAGCUAGUCGAAGUUUUGCACUACAUUGGAUCCAUUUUAGACUCUGGUAAACAAACCGAUAUAAUCUUCAUGGACAUGUCAAAGGCUUUUGACAAGGUCAGCCAUACAGCUCUGAUAAACAAACUCCAACAGUAUAACAUUGGCGGAUCUCUUCUCCAAUGGUUCACAUCGUAUCUACAUGACCGCCAACAGCGCGUCACAACUCUUGGCGCUACUUCUUCCAAAAAACCAGUGUGCUCCGGUGUUCCGCAAGGCAGUAUCUUAGGACCAAUACUCUUCCUCCUGUAUGUGAAUGAUUUACCAGACGCUGUGACGAACUCGACAGUUGCGUGUUUUGCAGACGACACCAAAAUCUUCCGUAGAAUUGACUCCAUCACCGAUGCUAUGUUACUCCAGGACGACAUCAAUAACCUUCAAUCCUGGUCCACGUCAAGCGGUCUCGUGUUUAACGAAGGAAAAUGCAAAAGUAUUAGCAUUACCAGACGUAGUCAACCAAUCCAUCAUCUAUAUAGCAUCAAAGGCAAAGAACUUGCACUUAUACCAGCAGAGAACGAUCUGGGAAUUUGGAUUGCGAGCGAUCUAACCUGGUCUAAACACAUUUUAGACCGGUGUACCCGUGCCAACAAACUCCUUGGAUUUAUAAAGCGAUGUUCUGGGGAAAUAAGCGACGCGAGGACCCGCCGGACUCUGUAUCUGUCUUUGGUUCGGUCGGUUUUUGGUUACUCGAGCCAGGUUUGGUCGCCUCAAACCGUGACCCUCAUCCAACGUAUGGAACGGGUCCAAAGAAGAGCAACGAAGUACAUUUUAAACCUUCCGUACUUGUGCAGUGAGACUUAUCGGGAACGACUUGCCAGUUUGGGUCUCUUACCGCUAUCUUACUGGCACGAAUAUUUGGAUCUCGUGUUCUUUUUUAAAGCGGUGAACGGCUUGGUCGACGUGUCCCAUGACGUCCUCCCCGAAGUCAUGUCCCAAACCAGAACGACCAGAUCCUCCAGUGGCAACCAAAUCUCCUUCCGUCCGGCCAAAUGCAAAACCUCUACCUACCAACGCUCCUUCUUUAUUCGUGCAUCCAGAACUUGGAACUCUUUACCAACUACACUAAGAUCUCCUGACAUUAAUAUUAGGCAAUUCAAAACCGAUUUACAAACUUACUACCUGACAGCCCUGAGAGAAUGCUUCGACGAAGAAGAUCCGAGGACAUGGAAGACUAUUUGUCUGAAGUGUAACACUAGUCGUUACUUACGUUCUGAACUAACUUGUUGUUUUUAGUCUCCUGUCCAUGUACUGUAUGUUAUAUAUUCUGUACUGUAUGUGUAUUUUUGUAUAGGGCCCACAGUAAUUGGUUUACACUGUUGUGGUGUCCCUGCCAUUUUUGUCCAUGUUUAUUGUGUA